AGUUAGUGCCACAUAUCCGUUUCAGAGGAAGGCGAGUUUACGAUCUCACGAUAGAAUAGAAGCCGAGCACCAAACCUGCACUGGGGACUUCUAGGGGCUCUCCAUCAAAUGGUUUCCCUUUCUGGCUUCCCGUUUCCUUGGAUAGCUGAAUCUGGACAUAGUCGUGAGCAUUGGAAUGUUUUCCGGUUGAGGAACUUUGAUUAAGCUGAUUUGUAAAAUGUAUAGUAGAUGGUUAAACGCUGUCUAGCUUUGUUAGCUAAGCUAACAACUAAAUUCCAGUCACAUAUACACGGUUAGUAAGUAGCCUGUAGGUGCAAUUCCUGAGCUCCGGUUUUUUCCCCCCCAAGUAUUUUUUUUUGCAGGUUUCGGUUGCUCUCUAACAGACUGGAAUAAUAUGUGAUGUUCAUGGAGCUCGUUACGGGCACCUUACAGUUACAGUACCAUAACAUGGGAAAAAAUACUUCUAACUUUUUGGGAGCGCAUGUUUUUAGCUGUCAGUCAGUGAAUGGGGAACACACAGGAUGAGACGAACUGCCCUCAUCGACGAUGUCGCUCACCUUCUUAGGAAAGUACUGUAGGAUGCCAGGUCAUUUAUCAUAAGCGUGUUGCGCUACGGACCAUUUCCCCAAGCAUGUCUGACACGGAGAGCUCCGGUUUUUUUUUUGGCUUGGGAGAUCCAAUGUGGCUCUGCAUGGUCACACUUUUUAUUGCAUCGUUGGUUACGUUACUGUUGUACCUAGUGCAAUAUGUCCAACACGGUUAUCUAGCGAACGUACCGAGACCGGCGCAAAUCAAUGCGUCAAAGGAGGAAGCGGACGCACUGUUGGAAUGGAUGCUGUCAUUGCAAAGCUGGAAAAGUCAAUGGAAAGAAGCUUGGUGCAGGGCGCUAAACAACGAGUCACGGAGGUCUGGGGGUAAUUUGUUGUCAUUUGACGAGGAUGGCCUCCAUUCAUCCGACCUGGUGGUCAGUCAAGUCUGUAGCUUCCAGAAGUCUUCUGGACACAAGACCGCUCGCUGCAAGCUGGUGGGGGACAAGCUUCAGUUCAGCCUCAAUACAAAGUCCCCGUCCUCGGCAGAACCACGCCCAUACACCGUUGAGAUCGCUCCCCUCCAGAUACAGCUGGACCUUGACCUCCAGGAGGCCGGUGAGCAGGUCAAGGUGGGAUGGGGCGUGUCCUACAUGGACACCCGGGACCUACGGCUCACCCCGAGCCUCACUCAGGACAACGGCACGUCCCCUGGCGUUGGCGAGCUGAAGGACCGGAUCAGGAGGCUGCUGUGUGCCGCACGGCCCUCCGUGUCGCUGAGCUGCAGGCCCGCUCAGCUCCCGGGGCUCAAGGAGUCAUGCAGCAAGGUGUUGUCCCCCCCCAAACCACCACGGGCACACGAAUGGAAGCUGCUGGUCAAGAACUUCCGGGUCACUCUACAUCAGGACGGAGCAUCUGCAGGCAGCAUGAAUCCUGUGUGCGUCAUGCAGAUGGACGACCCUCCACAAAGGUUCUCUACCUCGGUCCAGAAGAACUCCACCUCGCCCUCCUGGGACCAGCCUUUCAUAUUUGAGCUGAAUGGGCGUUCGAAAGAGCUCAACAUCCAGCUACUGAAUGAUGGGCAACCUCAAGAGGAUUCUUUACUAGGUCAGGUGUCUGUGCCUUUCCAUCUGGCCAAGAUGCAACCCAAAGGACAGCAAACAUUUGCACUCAUGACCAAAGACCAAGUGACUGGAUCACUGACUACUGAGUUUACCUACCUGGAGCCCAGCGAGGUGCGCACCUGGCUGCCCCCCACCCCGGCACCCACCAAGCGGGUGGAGAUGGACCGCACGGUGAUGCCCUGCGGCACGGUGGUCACCACCAUCACGGCGGUGAAGAGCAAGCCGGGCCGAGCGCUCUCCACCUCCAUCAGCACAGAGUCCACCCAGAAGGCCACGCCCACAAAGUCCAAGCUGUCGGAGCGCCGCGUCUCUGAACUGCCGGUGGCGGGGUCGGCGGGCGCCAUGGUGAACAAGACGCUGUCGUCGUCGGACACGGAGCUGCUCAUGCUCAACGGCACGGACCCGGUGGCGGAGGCCGCCAUCCGCCAGCUGCACCAGUCCGCCAAGCAGAAGCUCAAGUCCCCGGUCAAGAAGAGCACCAUCAUCAUAUCCGGCAUCACCAAGGCCCCCCUGUCCCAGGACGACGAGCUGGCCCUGAUGGCGGACUACGCCGCCGCCAUGGACGCCUCCAUGUCUGAGGGCAGCUCCAGCCAGGACAUGACGAUCGCCAUCGCCUCUGGCUCCAGCAGCCCUCCACCUCUGUCAGAGGCUCAGGCGCCCGGCCCCGGUGCACUGGGGCGCCCCCCGCAGGACUGGGAGAGCCAGGCGGGCGACGAGAUGGAGAACCUGUCCCUAUCGAUGUGUGUGUCUGAGGCCAGCUGCAAGAAGAGCAGAGAGGAAAACGGCGCUACUAAGCAGCCAUUUUGCCCAGACCAGAAGCUUCCUCCAGAAGAGCGCCAAGCUGUUCUUCCGCCGGCGGCACCAGCGCAAGGAGCCGGGGAUGAGCCAGUCCCAUAACGACCUGGUGUACCUGGAGCAGCCGGCGGCGGUGGACCGCGCCCGCCACACCGCCACGCUCAGCCGCAUGCGCAGCAAGCUGCUCCCCAAGCACAAGAGCAAAGCCAACGGUUCUACCUCGCCGCCGGGGGGGCCUACGCAGUGACCCCCCCCCCCCCACACACAGUCCAUGCCCGCUACAGCACCGCUACUCCAAAGCCCACCGCAACUUUACAGCCCCCCCUCCCCCCGUUCACUAUCAGCGCCUCAACCUUGACCUCCCCUACCCCUCCCCGCUCUGUGCGCUCCACGCGCCGGGAUAGAGAUGUGUUUUUGAACAUAGCGGACAUGAAUAUUUUGGAAAUUAAUGCGAUCGCUUACGUCGACGUCCGUCGACGGAUGACGGAGGGCGUGUCUGGCAUAUGGCAACAGAGCCGACGGAACAGAUUGUCCCAAAAUAAAUUUUGAGAGCGCCCCUUGCAAAGUCAAUGAGAUCCGUCGACGGACGUAUACAGUGUGAACGCGGUGUUAUUAAGCAUCCCACCCCCCCCACCACCAAUCCACUCCACCCUGCUGAAGUACCCUUCCUAAACCCAGCCUUGUGGACAUGGCGUAAAGAGAGACAGACAGGCGAUGCAUGGUUUGGUCGACCCCGUCUUGCGAAGAGGGUCUUGAGAUUCAUGGAAAUGCAGAAGCGUAGUCUUAUGCAUGUUUGAUUUUAUUUGGACCGUAUGCAACGACGACAAGUCAUCUUUUAGCAGUUCAGCGGCCUUGUGCCACGCAAAAUGGCGGAUGUGCACGUCUUCACUGUGUACCCUACUGACUCCGGAGGGUUGAAAUAAUUGUGAUUCUCACGGGCGUCAGGCUAUUGUAGGCCAGUGACGAGGAGCGGGUAUGAUUUGCACAUCAGCCAUGACUUUUUUUUUUGUCAUUCAUGAACUUGAUGUACGAGUGCAAUGGUGAAAGAGACUCUUAUUAGUUGGAAAUGUUUUGCUCAUAUUCACCUAGUGAUUUUAUGUGUAAAUGGGGCAUAAAGGGAGACCGUUGACUCGUUCUUUUAUUGCAAGAUAAGGAAAAAAUUAUCGUAAUGAAAUAAUCUCAAACACUAGUUGUGUUGGCAUUUUAUGAAAUAAGGAAUUCAAGUACAUGAAUAUCAGAUUGUACUGCUUGAUUGUUAAUGUGGCAAAUUCCAUAUGUGAUACAAUAUAAGAACAUUUUUAAAAGAUGAUAACUAUUGAAACCUGAGCAGCAAGGACUAAUAUUAAACCUUUAUCCGAAUUCAUAAUUAUUCAUUAAUUAUUCAUGGGCAUGGUCUAAGAUAUUUUGCUAUAUUGAUGAGUCGUAAAAGUCACCCAAGAACUUUAAUACAAAAAAAAAAGCGUAAUUGCGAUGAAAUUGUUACUGUUUCUUACUGUGGGGAAUAUUGCAGUGUGUCUGUCAUUGUCAUUUGAAUGUUUUAUUUCUUAUUUGCGGUGUUUUCAAAAUGGUUAUCCACUUCUUUAGUCUUCCAGGAUGCUCUCUCGGACACUACUCUUGUAGAUGGGUUUUUCGGUGUGUCAAAGGGAACCAAACAGGCCAGAAUGGAGACUUUGACACUACUGUUAAGCCAUACAAAUUGCAGUGCUUGUUAAUGAAACCGGUUCUGUGCUCAUUUGGAUUGUGUAUAUUUCCAUUGAUUUGAAAUGUCAAUUUCUUUGAAUAUGUGUUUUUCUUUCUUUAUAAAACAAUUGUAUCGUGGCUUUGAACGAGCAUCGAUAGUGAAAACCUUUUUUUGGUAACAGUUGAACGGUUUUUUGUUUUGAUUGUUUUUAACCCAGCUAAUGAAUGUAUUAGUUUCGUGGACAUCUCGUCGAACGAUGUUCUUCAAGAAAAUCUGUUACUUCUAACUACUGUCCGUCCCGUUUUCUCCAACGGGACCACACGUUUGACUGGGAGCGACGGCCUAUGCGCCACAACAGACAAAAGCGGGAUGCUCCUCGAUGUCAAAAGGAUGUUCCGCUCGGUUCAAUUCAGGGGAAGCUGGAGCUCACCCCUCCGUGCCCGAGCUCUAUGGACACUGUAUGGACUGGACCUGAAUUGACGCGUUUGAUCGGCCAGCGCUCUUUCCUCACAAUCUGAGACUUCUUAUUAAGAAGGCCGGGAACAUAAUCAGAAACCUGACUCAGACUGAUAACGUCUGCCUGCCAGGACGUUGUGGCCAAAAUGUGCCUGUCGUUCAAGGUGGCCUAUUCCGCAGACAUGUUUGUUUUCCUUUUUUCUUAUCGUACCAAGAGAGGCAUUUACAAGGGACUGCUGCCCAACCAAAGCAAAUCCUCUACAGUGUGGGUGUACUUUUUUUUUUGUUACUAAACUAAGGUCCUAAUUUAUAGCAAAGUAGCGGGGUGAUUAAGAUUAUGCUAUUACCAACAUUAAGGAUUAAAGAAUGGAGAAAUAAAUGGGUUGCUUUAUACAUGCAAACUUUCAUUGUCCCUUAGGAAAUGGCAGCCUGUAAGCUAUGCAAUUGUAAUACAUUCAAGCAAUGAGCUUUUAUGUGAUUAAUAAACUUCCUUCCCAUAAUUAACAUGUUAUUGUAUUGUAUUUAUAUUCAGCAAUAAACAUUGACUCAAGAA